AUGUCAUCAGAAAAAUCAUCAUUGGCUUAUUUUACAUCACAAUUUAUCGACCUAAUAUCAUCAUUUACAAAUUAUGGUUAUUGUAAAUCUGAUGAACGUUUCAUAUCACAAAGUGAUUAUGAAAUUUACCAAUUGUCUAUAUUAAUUUUAUUCAGUCUUAUUUUCACUUGCAUUUGUAUCUUUUACGGUUAUUUAUUUUUAUUCAUUAUGAUACAUCAAUAUCGAUGGAGAACAAAAUUUGGACCUAAAAUAAAAGUUAUUGAACCAAUAAAUACUCCUUUAACUUCUCCAAAACAUGAUGUUAUAAUUAAUAAACCAGUUAAACAAUCUGAUUUUAUUUGUUUUAAUCAUAAUAAUAGAUCAAGAUUUUUAAGUGUACAAUUAAAUCAAAUACAUUUAAACAAUGAACAAAAUCAAAAUCAAUUUAAUCAUAGUUAUAGUGAUUCAACAAUACAAAUCAAUUCACAAUCUAUACAUUUCAAUCAAUUAAAAUCAAUAAAAAAACAAAAUAAAAUAAAUCAAUCUAAACAAAUUAUUUCAAUUCAAAAUAAUAAUAAUAAUAAUAAUCAAUUAAAAUAUAAAUCAAUAAAACGAAAUUUAUUUAAUUUAUAUAAAAAAUCUAAUCAUCAUCAUCAUCAUCAUAUAAAAUUAACAAAUAAUCGACAUAUAAAAAGUGCAAUUACAUUAUUUUAA